GCUCCUCCCCACCCCGCACCCCCGCGCCCCGCACGCCUGCUCCUGCCCUAAUCCCCAGCAGCUGCGCUCCCUCCCUCCCUCCGAUCAAUAAGCCUUUCACUUUUUGCCUCUUGUUUGUUCCGUGGGGAGCGGGAUCGAUGGGAGGAGGGGGCGUCUCCUCGUUUCCGCUCCCCCUCGUUGGCCGCUCCUUCUCCAAUUAGUCAGCCCUGGAGCCUGCGGGCGGGGGGGGGUGUAUUGCGUGUGAGAGCGUGUGCGUGUAGGGGGUUGUUGUGCCGUCGCUGCCCGUUGGACCCGAGCACCAGCCGACGACGCGGGAGGAACGCAGUCCUCUUGUCGUCUUCUUCCCUCUCUCAACUUUUUCCUCCCCUCUCUCCUUUUCCUUUGCUUCCCUUUUGCAUCUUUAGCGAGCAGUUUUUCAGAUCAGCGGAGAUGGAGGAAGGUAGGAAUUAGGCGGGGAGCUGUUAAUGGGCAGCUGCCUUGGGCACUAGCAAGGGGUACUCACUUGGAGGAAGUGGGUGGCAGGCAGGGAGGCAGAGAGAGAGAGAGAGAUAACCUGUUCUGCCUGAAGAGCUUGAGCAGCCCUGAGCAGCAGCAGCAACCCCAGCAGAGGCUGCCUUGUGCUGCUGCCUCCUUUCCUUGGCACAGACUUUGCCAGCUUGCGAGCGAUUCAAACAAGUGGCUCCAGCAUCACUUUGGAGUGGUGGCUCCAGAGAGCGAAGAGGCUCCCGCUGCCCGGCUCUUCCUUCCUUCCUUCCUUCCUCCUUGCCGCUUGCCUGUCUUUCGCGAGCUUCCCCCGCUUCUUCCUCCCUCCUUCUCCCUCUAUUUUUUUUAUUUGAGGAUGAAAUAAUGUUGACAUGCCUUGAAUUAUUAAGUAUCCCCUGGAUUUUAUUAGCACACGAUGCCUAAAUGCUGCCUGUAUCUGGUGGGGUCUUAACCGGGUGUGCAGAGGAGCGGCAGCGGCACACACAGCGGCACAGGGAGCGGCGGCAGCGGCGGGCAGCUCUGACAGCUGGGCUUGUGCAGAUAAGCGGACGGAAGCACCAGGAGAUCACUAGUGAGACAAGGCACCGAGGCAGAGCCCUCCGUCUGGGAGCUCCCAAGAGGCUGGGUCAGGCUCCCCGGUCCUGCUUCACCUCCUCAGCUGGGCUGACUAAUUUAGGGGCGUCCUGCAGCAGCCAGGGGAGAGCGGCCGGUGCCGGGCACCCCAGGCUCCCGCUGCCUCCCCUCGCUGGGGGGGUAGCGUGCUGCCUGGUGCCUCAGCACAGAUGCCGAUUGAGAUUGUCUGCAAAAUCAAAUUUGCAGAGGAGGAUGAGAAGCAGGCGGCGAAAGAGGAAGGGGACAAGGAGAGCUUGCUAGAGGAGCCCAGCCAGCCACACCACCGUGACCUGGCCGCCUUUGCCGGGGCCAGCACCCUGCACGGCCUGGGCCACAUUUGCCGCCCAGGGCAGCUGGGGGUCCGCCAGGCCCUCUGGGCGCUCGCAUUUGUGGCCUCUCUGGCCUUCUUCCUGUACCAGGCGGCCCGGUCGGCGCUCUUCUACCUGGAGCACCCGCACGUCACCACCCUGGACGAGGAGGCGACCCAGAAGAUGAUAUUCCCGGCUGUGACCAUCUGCAACAUCAACCGCUUCCGCCACUCGGCCCUUACUGACGCCGACAUCUUCCACCUGGCCAACAUGACUGGGCUGCCGCCCAAGGACCGUGAUGGACACAAGGCCUCUGACCUGCUCUACCCCGACCCUGACAUGGCCGAUAUUGUCAACCGCACUGGGCACCAGCUUGAGGACAUGCUCAAGAACUGCAGCUUCAGCGGCGAGAACUGCUCUGCAGGGAACUUCACAGUGGUCUACACACGCUAUGGGAAGUGCUACACAUUCAAUGGCGACCGGAACAAACCACGAGUGACUCGCCAGAGUGGGAUGGGCAACGGGUUGGAGAUUAUGUUGGACAUCCAGCAGGAGGAGUACCUGCCCAUCUGGAGAGAGACCAAUGAGACAUCAUUUGAAGCCGGAAUUCGAGUACAGAUCCACAGCCAAGAUGAGCCACCCUACAUCCACCAACUGGGGUUUGGAGUCUCUCCAGGUUUCCAGACCUUUGUGUCCUGCCAGGAGCAGAGGCUGACGUACCUGCCCCAGCCCUGGGGCAGCUGCCGGGCCAGCGUGAAGGGGGAACAGGUUCUGCCCGGCUACGAGAGCUACAGUAUCGCUGCUUGCAGGCUGCAGUGUGAGAAGGAGGCUGUGGUGCGGAACUGCCAGUGCCGCAUGGUGCACAUGCCAGGUAACGAAACCAUCUGCUCACCCAACGUUUACAUUGAAUGUGCUGACCAUACACUAGAUACAGCAGUUGAGGAUUCCCAGGAGCGCUGUGUCUGCCCCACGCCCUGCAACUUGACCCGCUACGGCAAGGAGAUCUCCAUGGUGCGCAUGCCCAACAAGGGCUCGGCCCGGUACCUUGCUCGCAAGUAUAACCGCAAUGAGACCUACAUCCGGGAGAACUUCUUGGUGCUGGACAUCUUCUUUGAGGCACUGAACUAUGAGGCGAUUGAGCAGAAGAGGGCAUACAACCUGGCAGGGCUUCUUGGGGACAUUGGAGGCCAAAUGGGCCUGUUCAUCGGGGCCAGCGUCCUCACUGUCCUGGAAAUCUUGGACUACAUCUAUGAGGUGAUCCGUGACAAGGUGGCCCAUGGCUUACGACGCCCCAAGCCCCCUCUGAAGAAGCCUUCAGGCAGCAUUGCCACCCUGGGACUGGAGGAGAUCAAGGAGCAGAGCUCCUGUGAGAGCCUGGGCCGCCACAACGAGGGCAGCUACCCCACAGGACUUCUGCCCAACCACCACCACCGCCACCACUACUCGGGCCAAGGGGUCUUCGAAGACUUUGCUUGCUAAGCCAGCUCGUGCGCUGCUCCCCCCAAACAGCAGCAGUGCCUCUGGAGCAGCUUGGGGCACAGCAGGCUCCGGCCUGCGCCAAGAAGCCUUUCCCAAGUGGCCAGGCCAGGCCUUCCUCUCACCUCCAAAGGCUUCCAAAAAGCACCGUGGUGCUUUUAUAGCCCCCUCCCUCCUGUAACUAACCCCCUUCCCCAGUCCAGCUGGCCCUGCCCCUGCCCUCCAGGGCUCAGCACCCCCUCCCCCAACAAACCUUCCCCAUACUGAAGCACAGAGAAAGACCGAGGAUCAGCUGCCAAGAACAGGGAGGUGGAAUGGACUCUAAACUGCUCCACUGAUAGGAAGCAAGGCUUGACUGAGGCAGGCAGCCUGCCUGGAAUUUCACAAAGUGGGAGGAAGGGGGACAUGGAGCACGCAAGGGAGCAAAGAGGGCGUCACCAAAGGUAGAGGCAACUCUCUCUCCCCGGGCCCAGUCUAUAACACGGUAGCACCACACAACCAGCUGCUCACACAGCCCCACGUGGCAGCCUCUGCCACAGACUCUGAGUAGCGGGAGCCAUGUUCCCUCCAACACCUCUCACUUUGUCCUGUCUUAUCAUUACUGUUCCUACUUACACCUCUUCCCUCAGCCUCCUUACAAACAUACAUUUCCAUGUACCACUUUUUACAUGCACACAGGGGUGUCUCAGGGCAGGAAAGAGGUCCUGUAUCCCACUGGCUGCUGCUGCUGUUGGGCAGUGAGUGCCAUGAUGUACCCCACUGCUCACUUGCUGCUGCCCCCCCCCCACUGAGACUGUGCCCACAAGGAGGUUUAAAGACCUGUCAUCCUGCCCACGAUGUGCCCCUUUACCAUAUGGGUACAGGCCCCUCACCCUCAUGGCUUGCCAGCCGUCACCCAUCCCUUCUUCCCUCAGAACUGUAUAUUUGUACAUAACUGUUUUGGGUCUGUGGUUUUUAGCCAGCUACACUCAGUCUUUCGUUGCUACAGCUGGCCCCUGCCGGCAUUGCUAAAAACUGCUGGUAAGGCUGGACACCACGACAUCGACGUCCAAUCUCAGGUUCCCUCCCAGCUCAAGUGCAGAGGCCGAUGCUGCAGGAGGCUGCUGGCACCAACAAAGCCCGAGUGCCCUUGGGGCAGCCCCUUCCCAGAUGUACAGACGCCCCCCUUCCCCACAUCUUCCACACUCCUCCAGCAGUAUUCAGGGUCCAAGCCACACAAAAGCACCCCACCCUCAGGAGAAAGAGCCUUAUGGGUCCCACACAAUAUCAAGGGGAGGAUAAGGAGCCCAGGCAGCGCCCCAAGACUCAGAUCCCUAGGCUGAAGCACUUAGUAGCAGACUUGCCCAGUGCAUCCGCAUGUGGGGAGUGUGGGCGUGUGCAAUGACUCCUCAAGGGCAGCAGGGGGAAAUGUCAACUUUCUCUUUGCAGCAGGGCCCUGAGUAAAGGUACAACAGGAAAAAGCCAACCAACCUACCUUGUGCUGUCUUGAUGGGACAAGGGAAUACCCCAGAACCCAGCUGUGGUCCUCAGCCCUCCAUGUAGCAAACCAAAGGGGGCUCCAGCAUGCACCGUCGAGACACCUCAUGGUGUCAUGCCCCACACUUAGGGAAACGUGCCUGUACUCCUGGGGGUGCAUUUUCAGGAAGAGAGGUGGCACAGGAAUAUGCUGCAAAUGCCCCCCCUCCUUCAGUGACAACACCAAACUCUUGCAUACACCACCUUCAAGAGCCAAGAGCAGUCAAGGCAUUUGACUGCUGCAGAGGGAGUGGGAUAUUGCAGAUCAAAUCUGCUGCAUAUGUGUGUGACUCCAAGGGUGCAGGCUGCAGGAGACUCUCGACUGGGGCCCAGCCAGGGAUCUUCCCAGGAGGGGGUCUGUUAAUCCCAUGACUUUACUGAGCGCGAGUCGCUGUUUUACAAAUGUACAAGUUUCUCCCAAUAAAGAGGCACAAGUAGAACUCCA